AUGUACCUUCAAAGGUGCCUGAUCUUCCUUGCAUUUCGUACGGCACUGACGGUGCUUACCGAAUUCAACGGCUGGUCCCUGCUGCGCCCGACCUCGAGCAACGUCGUUUCCUAUGUUACGGAAGCCAACGAGCUCUUAGAGGUCCGAGCUGGAGUUCCCUACCAGGAGCUGGUGCUGCAUGCUUCCAGCAACCUGGCCACAAACGCUUCCGAGAUUCGCGCCAAGCUGGUCUUUGCCACUGCUACUAUCGAUGAUGACUGUCUCCCGGGGCGAGCCAGUGAGGUGCCAAAUAUCGUUUUUCAGCGCAUUCCGGUGCCCACUUCGCUGGACGGUGAGACCCCUGGAGUGACUCCAGCAGAGACCUACGAGAACCGCUGGGUCGACGCCAGGUUCCCGUACGGCGGAGCUUUCAAAGUCUGCUACAUGGAUCUUUCUGGAGCGGCAGCCUGGCGACUAGCACCGGCUCCUUUCGACGUGGUGGGCACCGGUGCCAACAGCUUCGAGUUCUGGUGCCUGGAUGAUGUGACGGUUGACUGUACGCUGCAGAUCGCUGGCCUGGGCAUGAAGACCAACUGGUACCUCACCGUCGUUCCAGUCAACGGUGUGUGUGGCGCCAUCGACUAUGCGGGCUCCUUUGGCCAGAACGUUUCGGUGAUCACGUCAGAGGCUGGUAGCGAGUCCUCAGCCACGCACAGCCUGGGUCCUCCGGUGAGUGCUGGUGCUGGCACGUUCGCAGUAUGUUUCUGCCCUGGGUAUAAUGCAGACAGCUCGGCAGCCUCCUGCACAGCGUCCGAGGACUUUGUCCAGCUCACGGGUAUCCUCUAUGUGACGGAAGCCGUGCCAGUCCAGAAUCCGCAUCCCCAGCUCCGCUUCACCCUUCGGGUACACUGCGGCAGCACCACUGAAGGCGGCUGCCCAGCCACAACAGAGCCCAGGAUCAAGAUUGUCGAUGCGGCUUCCAGCAACAAUCGCCCAGCAUUCGAUACCCUCAGUGGCUGCCGCAGUGCAGCCCAGUCAGCCAGCUACAUGUCCCCGGAGAACUGCGCCAGCCCCACACGCUGCACGCUGCCUCCUGCUGUGGCCAGCAGCACGGUGCCAGAGUGGGCGAAUCUCAGACUCUUCCCGACCUUCGAGAACCAAGCGCAGAAGCCGAUGCUCUACGACGUCUGCUUGUGCCUGGGCUCCUGCGACCAGUCGCCGAACUGGUUCAAGGCGGGAAGCAUACAGACCUCCGUCAUCCAGGUUUUGCCGCAGCCGAUUGUGGCCAACAAGGUUCUGGAUCUGCAGCUGCUGGGCACGCAGGGUGGUUGGUCACAGGCCACGGGAUCUGCACCGGAACUGAAAUUCCUGGAGGAUGCUGAAGGGGUGUUCGGCGCUUCAGAGUGCUUCUCGCGCACACAAAGCCUGCAGAGCUUGGCCGGUCAUUUCUGCCUGACCAGCACCGACUGCAAGGCUCCGACAGCAAGCGGGACAGACGGCCACGUCUGGGAGGAUGUCCGCUUUCUUUUCGCAGGUAUGUACGCCGUGUGCUACUGCGAGCAACAGUGCCGCAGCCCCGUGCAGUGGAGCCUCUUGGAGUGGAAACUCGUCGAAGGCCCUUCGAGGCAUCACAGCUGGCAGCGGUAUCGGGGUCUCCUCUUUGACCUGGCACUGAGUGGUUUUGGGCUUGGUGCUGCGAACCGUCUGGCUGUCUUUCCUGAUGGGCGAGAAGGCAGCUGUGGCGGUCCGGCCAUGGCCGCCCAGGUCUCUGUCCCGGACAUGGCGCCCCAACAGCUUGGGGACGCCUCAGGCGGUGGCCUGCUGUCGCUAACCCGAACUUACGACGGCCUUCUGGUGAGUUGCACGCAGCCUCAUGGGCUGACCAGCACCACGGAGUUUGUCAGUUUCUCGGGCGUGACCAGCUCCAAUUGCGACUACUGUGCUGGUACUGUCAAUGCGAGGCCGCACCGAGUCAUCCGCUUGCCGUCCUCCACGCAGUUCGUCCUCGCUCUGGACUACUCCGGCACCUUCCCUCAAUUUGGGCUCUCCGGAGCCAUCUGGUGGCGGUCAAACGAAGCCACAUGGCAGGACUUGGUGGCGAUGUCUCCCGGGGUGGUGUCUGUUUGUUGGAGCGCCAUGGCAUCAGGGCCACUGGGAGGCAAAAUGGGGCCACAGAGCCCUCGGUACAGGGCUAAGGUUUGUGAUGAUGGUGACGGUCCUGCAGAGCCCAGGAUGUGGGUGGUCAUGGCGAUUCCGGUGCUAGCUGCGUCGUGGUGGUGGUGGUGGUGGUGGUGUACUGCACGUGCUGCCGCUCUGCUCCUGCUGCAACUGCGCUCGCUGCUGUCCUGUCUGAUGGUGACUUGA